AUGGGUAAAAUUCUUGGGUAUUGUUUGGGUUUCUUGUGCCUUUUGAUUCCUCUUGCUGCUGCAGAUUGGAAUAUAUUGAACCAGAGGACCCGUAAUGGGUUGAAGAUCAGCUUGAAGAAUUAUUGUGUGAGUUGGCGAAUGAAUGUUGAACUGCACAACACUAGAGACUUUGAAGUUGUGCCUGAAGAAUGCACAUACUACAUUGGGAAAUAUGUCAGAUCCACUCAGUACAGAGUCGAUUCAGAAAUUGCCACUGAGGAAUGCUUGGUUUAUCUUAGCACCAGCUGCAAUCUGAAGAAAGACUCCAGGGACGCUUGGAUUUUUGACAUAGAUGAUACUCUGCUUUCAACAGUUCCUUACUACAAAGAAAAUUUAUACGGAGGAAAUAAAUUGAACUUGACAUCCCUAGAGGAAUGGAUGAGCAAAGCCAAGGCUCCCGCUCUUGAUCACUCCUUGAAGCUUUUCAAUGAACUGAAGUCCAGAGGAGUUCAGAUCAUUUUGGUUUCUGCAAGGAGAGAGCAUCUCAGAGCAGCCACCAUUGACAACCUUGUCCGGGUUGGUUAUCAUGGCUGGGCUGGUCUUGUAUUGAGAGAUUAUGCUGAUGAAUUGGUAUCAGUACAGAAAUACAAGUCUGAUGCGAGGAAAAAACUAAUCAGUGAGGGCUAUCGCAUUUGGGGCAUUGUUGGGGACCAAUACAGCAGCAUUGAAGGGCUUCCAAGCGCUGGAAGGACAUUUAAACUACCAAAUCCAAUGUACUAUGUUGCCUAAUAUGCUACGUAACGUAAUAGUAUUCUUUUCUACCCUUUUCUGAAUCUCA